AUGGUCGGACUAUCCAUUGAGAAAACCGGGUCGACCCGGUUCAUAGUCUUCAUCAUCAUCAUCCUCAAUCUUUCCUUUUAUAGUUUAUCGAUUAACGUAAGAUCCAACGAACACGCGAGCUUUCCUCCAAGAGGAUGGAAUUCGUACGAUUCCUUUUGCUGGACUAUCUCUGAAGCUGAGUUCUUGCAGAGCGCAGAAAUCAUUUCAAAGCGUCUUCUUCCUCAUGGAUACCAGUAUGUUGUGGUGGAUUACCUUUGGUAUAGAAAGAAAGUAGAAGGAGCUUUCGUGGACUCUCUUGGGUACGAUGUGAUUGAUGAAUGGGGGAGGAUGCAUCCUGAUCCAGCAAGAUGGCCAUCGUCUAAAGGAGGCAAAGGUUUCACUGAAGUUGCAGAGAAAGUUCAUAGAAUGGGUUUGAAGUUUGGGAUUCAUGUCAUGGGUGGGAUAAGCACACAGGCUUACAACGCAAAUACUCUCGUUAUGGAUAGUGUUAAGGGAGGUGCUUAUGAAGAAUCUGGUAGACAGUGGCGAGCGAAAGAUAUUGGGAUGAAAGAGAAGGCUUGUGUGUGGAUGUCACAUGGGUUCAUGAGUGUGAACACAAAGCUUGGUGCAGGAAAAGCCUUCUUGAGGUCUCUUUAUCGACAAUAUGCUGAAUGGGGUGUAGAUUUCAUAAAGCAUGACUGCGUAUUUGGGACUGACUUCAACCUAGAGGAGAUAACUCUUGUGUCAGAGGUUCUGAAGGAGCUUGAUCGGCCUGUUUUGUACUCAAUAUCUCCAGGGACGAGUGUGACACCUGCAUUGGCUAAAGAAGUUAGUCAAUUGGUUAACAUGUACAGAAUCACAGGUGAUGACUGGGACACAUGGAAAGACGUCGUUUCACAUUUCGAUAUCUCGAGGGAUUUGUCUGCUUCUAGUAUGAUUGGUGCACAAGGGUUACAAGGAAAAUCAUGGCCUGACCUAGAUAUGUUACCUCUUGGAUGGCUUACUGAUCAAGGUACGAACUUUGGACCUCAUCGAGCGUGUAAUCUUAAUAUAGAAGAACAGAAGUCACAGAUGACAUUGUGGUCUAUUGCAAAGUCCCCUCUCAUGUUUGGAGGUGAUGUGAGAAAGCUCGAUGACGCUACUUAUAAUCUCAUCACAAAUCCUACACUUCUGGAAAUAAACUCUUUUAGCUCUAAUAACAAGGAGUUUCCUUACAUCACUGCAACAAGAGUAUCUAGGAAUAAGCGCAAAGGCCGUCCUCAUCAUCCAAAGGGGAACAACAUUUCGACUAAACAUGCUUUUGGUCUCACUAGCUGCAAAGAACCGAAAGCCAACACUUGGUCUCUUGUAGACAAGAACCGUGGGCAAAUCUGUUGGAACCAAUACUCUAGCCAAAAACCAGAGAAGCCCUUUUGCUUAUACAACAGAAAAGCUCUUCUUGCUACCGGUGAGGAGAUAAAACACAACCAGCUUUAUCAAGGCAAGCUUCAUUUGCAAACAGAUGAUAAAGCAGAGUCUUGUUUAGGAGCUUCCUCCAAGCAAAAGCUCACUUCGAAAGAUUUUAGUCGAGGUUCUUUAUCACCUUGCAAACCAGAUGCAAACCAGAUGUGGGAGCUCCACAGUAAUGGAACACUAGAAAACAGUUACUCCGGUCUCUGCGCAGUGUUAAACCCAGUAAAAGCUUCUGAAGCUGAAGCUAGCUCCAGUGGUGUUCGUUCUUGGAUCGCCACGGGAAGAAGAGGAGAAGUAUACGUCGCUUUUUUCAACUUAAAUCCGGUGAAGACAACGAUAUCAGCCAAGAUUUCAGAUAUUGCCAAGGCUCUUCAGUACAAGAAGAAUCUUGUAGGAGCUUCGUGUAAGAGCCACGAGUUAUGGAGCGGCAAAGAUUUCGGACCAACAAAAGAUUCAGUGUCGAUCCAAGUCGAAUCUCAUGGUCCUGCUCUGUUCGUUCUCCAUUGUACCAAUGCAUAA